AUGAAAAGGGAAAAAAAAACAAAGAAGAGUAUCAAAUAUAUAAGAGAUCAAAUAAAGGAAAUAGAAUUAGAAUCCAAAAUAAUAAAUAAACACAUUAAAAAAUUGGAAGAGGAAAGAAAAAUAUUUAAAUUGUCCACUGUUUUAUUAGAAAAAUAUAGCUCUUUUAUAAGCACAAAAUUAGCUAAUAAUUUAUCUAUUCAUAUUUUUAAUAACACAUUUUUAAAUAGCUGUGGAAUUCUUUUUACUAAUUAUCCCCAUAAUGAAAUAUAUUAUAACAAUUUAAGUUCAUACCCCCAAUAUGACAAUUAUACUAUCAAACAGAUUAGUUCAAAUUAUGUUUAUAACGAAAAUGUUAAUACAGAAAAUGUUAAUACAGAAAAUGUUAAUACAGAAAAUGUUAAAUAUAGUAAUAUAUUCCGGGUAAACUCAAAAAAGGGAAAAUAUGAAGUGGAAAAUAUGAAAACAGCAUCAAACAAACUUGACGAUAAAAUUAAUAAUCAAACAAAGAGAACCCAUAGUUGUCAUAAUAUUUAUAUAAAAAAUUAUAAAAAAACAAAAGAUACUUUGAAAAAUAAAAAUAAUGUAUUCAAAAUAAAAAGGGAAAGUUUCCACUCCUAUUUUAAAGAUCCUAUUAAUAUGCUAUUCGAAGAAAACCAAUUUAAAAAUCUAAAUAAUAAUUAUAUCAUAACAAAUAACAAAUUGAUAGAAAGUGAAAAUUAUAUAUCAAGCGAUGCUGAAAUAAAUACAAAUAUCGCCAUUUUAAAUAAAAAAAAUAGCAUGAAAAAUUAUAAUAAGCUAAAAUUAAUGCAAAUGGAAACUCAAAAAGAGAAAAAAACAUAUAUGGGACAAAUAAAUUUGAAUUUAAAAGAUUCGAUAAAUUUUUCUACUAGUUCAAAUGAUGAAUAUAAUGCCCAUAGUUAUAUAAAAAGUCAAAGUCAAAGUCAAAGUAAAAAUGAAGAGAAAAAUGAAGAGAAGAAACAAGACAAAAGUAGUAGCACAUUUGGAGGUUUCAUGAACAAUGUAAAGAAAUUUUUUUUUAAUGAUCAAAAAAAUAUAUUAAGUUAUAAAAACAGUGAAAGUGAUUUAAUUAAUGAAUUGGAAUUCGAGAAACAGCAUAGAAAUGAAAAAAAAAUCCAAAAAAAUGAAAAAAAAACAGACAUGAGUAUAUUAAAAUUUCAAUGUGUAAUUAAAUCUAAAAGAACAAAAAUUUAUUUAUGUGUAUGCCCUAAUUGCACAAAACAAUUUUAUCUUUUAAUAAAAAAAAUUCCAAAUAAAAAAAUUAUAUCAAAAGUUUUUCCUCCAUUCCUUUUUUCUUCCUUUGUUGAAAAUUUAAGGAAAAAUAACGAAGACCUUUUUUAUCAAAAUGAUAAACAUAAAUGGGAACAGUUAUCUAAUAUGGAAAAUCAAUUUAAUACAUAUCAUGAUAAUACUUCUUCAUUUAAUUCCACUGACAGCAACUCUAAAUUUUGCAAUUGCUAUAUAGGAUUAGAAGAAAGAGAUAAUAAUAUUUUUGAGAACUUAGAUAUGCUAGUUUAUUUAUAA